UCAUAUAGCAAUCCCUGGCAAACAUGAGGCAACAGUGGAGAGGAACAACUCCCUGUUAACAGGAAGAAUAAGCAACCACCUGCCAUACCUGGCUGAGGUUUCGGAGGCAGGAACAACAUUCAAAACCAGAGAACCACUGGCAGUUCAAAAGACAAAUCCCAAAGGAGUAGUCACUCUAUUUCUAUUUACCAUUGAUAUUGGGUAGUCCUUACUGUGCUUGACCCCAAUGUUGAGAUUAUGAUUAAAUGAGUUCAUUGCUGACACUUGGCCUGUCACACGGGUUGGCAUCAUUUAGAUUUUUUGCUGACAGACAUUCUCUUUGCAAUGAUUCCAGUUGGGCUUUUAGUGGUUUUGGCUUUCAAGGUGUGUCUGGUUAGGUCUCAGUCCUCCCAGAGUUCACAGCAGGUAACAAGCCCCCCUAGUCCUACUGGAGAACAAUCUCCCCUGGAUGAUGGUAAUCUGUCCUUUCCCUGGAGCCGUCUUCGCCUGCCAAGGUACAUCGUUCCUCUUCACUACCACCUCCUCCUGCACCCCGACCUCACCACUCUCAGCUUCACAGGCACGGUGCAGAUCCAGAUUGAUGUCCAGAACAAUACAAACUGGGUUGUUUUACACAGCAAGGGUCUUCAAAUCUCCAAGGCCACAAUUUUAGACCAUAACCUUGCUCAUCUAUCUGAUCAGGUUCUUCCAGUUCUUCACAACCCUUCCCACGAGCAAAUAGGAAUUUUUUCUCCUAAGGUUCUCAGCAGCGGGCAAAAGUAUUUUUUGUAUAUAGAGUUUGAAGCAGCGCUAGCUGAGGGAUUUUAUGGGUUCUAUAAAAGCACCUACAUCACCAGUGAAGGAGAGACCAGAAACCUAGCUUCCACUCACUUUGAACCCACAAGCGCUCGAAUGGCCUUUCCUUGUUUCGACGAGCCGAGCUUCAAAGCCAAUUUCUCUGUGAGGAUCAGGAGGAGCCCGGAGUACAUUUCUCUCUCCAACAUGCCUGUAAUCAAGACAACACAACUGAACAGAAACCUUCUUGAAGAUCAGUUCGCCCCGAGCGUAACGAUGAGCACAUACCUCGUAGCUUUCAUUGUUUGUGACUUCAAGUCUGUCAGUGCAACAACAUCGUCUGGGGUGAAGGUGUCCAUCUAUGCAGCCCCUGAGAAGUGGAUGCAAACCCACUAUGCUUUGGAGGUUGCUGUUAAAAUGCUGGACUUCUAUGAGGAGUACUUCAACAUUCGCUAUCCUUUACCAAAACAAGAUCUGAUUGCAAUCCCAGACUUCCAGUCUGGUGCAAUGGAGAACUGGGGCCUGACCACCUACAGAGAGACCAGCCUUCUCUAUGACCCCCUCACAUCUUCCAUUUCUGAUGAACUCUGGGUUACAAUGGUCAUUGGUCAUGAACUUGCCCAUCAGUGGUUUGGGAACUUGGUCACCAUGGAUUGGUGGAACGACAUCUGGCUGAAUGAAGGAUUUGCCAGAUACAUGGAGUACAUUUCAGUAGAGGCCACCUACCCUGAACUUAAAGUGGAGGAGUAUCUACUGCACACAUGUUUUGUUGCAGUUGGUCACGAUUCUUUGAAUUCCUCUCGACCUAUCUCAAGCCCAGCAGAGAACCCCACCCAGAUCAAGGAGAUGUUUGACACAGUCUCCUAUGACAAAGGAGCAUGCGUCCUGCACAUGCUGCGGCACUUCCUGACCAAAGAAGUGUUUCAGAGCGGGAUAGUGCGAUACCUCCGCAAGUACAGCUACGGAAAUGCCCACAAUCAGGAUCUGUGGGACAGCCUUGCCAAUACAUGCUCAGAAGAUGACUUCACCUCAGGAAAACACUGUUACAGCAGUGACCAGGCCUCUAAGAAUGCAUAUCUGUUUGCAGGGGAACACCUGAACCUGACAGCCAUGAUGAACACUUGGACUUUACAGAAAGGGAUUCCUCUGGUGACUGUAACCAGAAAGGGGCCUCGACUGCUGCUGAGACAGGAUCGGUUCUUGAGGACAGUUCUUCCUUCUGAUCCUCAGUGGCCCGCUGUGCAACAGGGUUUCCUUUGGCAUAUUCCUCUGACAUACAAGACCGAUACAUCCAGCACCAUCCACAGACAUCUGAUGACUUCUCCCACAGACAGUAUACACAUUGGAGAAGAAGCCAGCUGGGUGAAAAUAAACUCUGAUAUGACUGGUUAUUAUGUGGUUCAUUAUGCUGAUGAUGGUUGGGAUGUGAUGGUUAAACUACUGAGGGAAAAUCACACAGCUCUGAGCUACAAGGACAGGACUCACUUGAUACACAAUGCAUUUCAGCUGGUCACGGCCGGACAUCUCCCACUUGAUAAAGCCUUGGACCUGAUUGGUUAUCUACAACUGGAGAAACAGACGGUGCCUCUCCUUCAAGGACUGGGGUAUCUGGAGGCCUUCUACCACAUUAUCGAGAAGAGAGAUGAGCCCAGUUUAACUAAAGAUCUAGGGAAGUACAUCCUGCAGUUUUUCCGUACUGUCAUCGACCAGCAGACAUGGAGCGACAGUGGCACUGUGCCUGAGCGACGUCUGAGGUCAGAGGUCCUGUCCCUGGCUUGUCACCUGGACUAUCCCCCCUGUGUGGAGCGUGCUAAUCAACACUUCAAAGACUGGCUCCGAUCCAACGGAACAUUGAACCUACCUACAGAUGUGGCAGAAACUGUGUUUUCAGUAGGAGCACAGCAUGACCAUGGCUGGACCUCGCUCUUAAACACGUACAAGAUUUCCCUCUCUGAAGCCCAAAAAGAAAAGAUCCUUUCUGCUUUGACAAGCAGUAGAAACAAAGACAAGCUACAAAGACUAUUAGCAAUGGGUCUAGAAGGGAACGUGAUCCGAUCACAGGACCUCUCCAGUCUUGUUUUGAUGAUUGCCAGGAACCCAAAAGGACAUCACCUCGCCUGGAACUUUGUCAAAAAGAACUGGGACACACUGGUUAAAAAGUUCCAGUUAGGCUCAUUCUGCAUCAGAAACAUCAUUAUAGGAACAACAGGACAGUUUUCAUCUCCUGAAGAGCUCACUGAAGUGCAGCAGUUUUUUGAAUCCAUCAAAGAGCAGGCUUCUCAGCUGAGAUCAACACAGCUUGCUCUGGACAAUGUGCAAAAAAAUAUCCGCUGGGUUCAGAGGAACUUGAAAUCACUGAGAAACUGGCUGAAUGAGCAGAUGAAAUGACAGACAGCAAAAAGAAGGGUCCAGUUGACCAAAAACCACAAAAAAGUUACAGUGUUACAAAUAACUUUGAGGGUUUUGUUUAUGUGGCUUUGGAAAUGUUCUUGUUUAAGAUAAUUAAACAGUUUUUUACGUGAAAUAAAGCAAACAAUGUGAUUGGUAAAAAUGGGAGAUGGUAGAUUGUGGAUAAUAUGAACACUUGCAUCAGAGAGAAAACAAAGAUCAGCAAGUAGACAAUAAAGGGAUUCGUUGUA